AUAAAAACACGUUUUUUUCAAACCUCUUUAAAGAUUGGUUGUGAGCGCUUAAAGUAUCGCAUGUGUUUGUUUCUUCUUAUUUAAUUUAAAUUAGUUUAAUUAUAGAAGUUGAUAAUUUCAAUCAUGGAAGUAGAUUCAGAACCUUCUACUCAAUGUAAUGCAAGCAGGAUCUUCGAAGGUUACAAAGCUCUUGGUCUAAUUGCUGGAGACAAACCUUUCAUCGUACGUUACAUUGAUAAAUUUGAAGAUGUAAGGAUUGUUAUUAUUGUCGGAAAUUAUUUUCAUACCUACAACUCUAAGUUACAAUUAAUCGAAACAAGCCAUCCUCAUCCUGGUCCAGUGAAUGCCUUAGCGUCCGAUUCAAAAAGUGUUUUCUCGUGUUCUGAAAACAAAAUAUAUGCAUGGAGCGGUGGUCGUAGAAAUUUAUAUCAAGUUUUCGAAGGCCAUGAAUCUCGCAUACAUUCACUUCUAGCUUUUGGACCUCAUUUAAUAUCUGUUGAUGACUCGAAUGUUUUCAGAGUUUGGGAAAUUUCCACAGCUGAAACUGUUCUUGAGGUACCUUUUGGUGAAGGGUUCACUAUUACAUGUUUACUUCACCCAAGUACUUAUAUCAACAAAAUUCUUCUUGGAUCAAAGCAAGGUUCAUUGCAACUUCGAAACAUUAGAACUCAAAAAUUAAUUCAUACGUUCAAAGGAUGGAAUAGUAAAGUUACAGCUAUUGAACAAGCUCCUGCAGUUGAUGUUGUUGGAAUAGGGUUGGAAGAUGGUGUUAUUGUUGUUCAUAAUUUGAAAUAUGAUGAAACUUUAAUGACUUUUAUUCAAGACUGGGGGCCAGUUCUCAAUAUCUCAUUCAGAACUGAUGGUCCUCCUCACAUGGUUACCUCAAGUGACAAAGGACAUGUAGCAAUCUGGGAUCUAGAAAAGCGUAAACUUUUUGUUCAGAAGCGAGAUAUUCAUCAAGCUAAAGUAACAGGAUGCCAAUAUAUCUUUGGAGAAGCUUUAUUAUUGACUAGUUCACCUGACAAUUCACUCAAAAUGUGGUGCUUUGACGAUCCAGAAGAAAUAGGAAGAACUCUUCAUUGUCGAGAGGGCCACACACAUCCGUCAACUUUUAUUCGAUUUUAUGGAUCGGAGGGACAAAAUAUUCUAAGUGUUUCAUCUGAUUCAACUUUCAGAAUGUUUUCAGUUUAUAGUGAAAGGCUUCAUCGGAGUCUCGGCAAAGCUUCAUUCAAUCGAAAGUAUGCUAAAAAAGUUGGUGUUGCAAAUGAUCCUAACGUUAUGCCACCAAUUGUUGAUUUUGCUGCGGAAAGUAUCCGAGAAGAUGAUUGGGAUAAUGUAAUUGCCAGACAUGCAGGUCUUGCAAGAGUAACAACAUGGACAACGAAAAAGAUGCGUAUGGGAUCUCAUAAAUUGCUGCAUGAACGUUUUAAAAACACUAAAGAUAUCGUGUGUACGGCUCUUGCUAUCAGCAGCUGUGGUAACUUCGUCAUUCUUGGUUACAAUACUGGUCAUAUCGACAGGUUUAAUAUUCAAUCUGGAAUUUUUAGAGCAUCUUAUGCUAAAAUUAAUGAAAAAGCAGCACAUGAAGGAUCGGUUUCUGGAAUAGUUUGUGAUGAAACGUGUCGAUUGCUCGUUAGUGGGGGUAAAGACGGAAUUAUCAAUUUUUGGGUAUUCAAAACUUGUGAAUUAUUAACUGAAUUAAAGGUAGACAUUCCAAUCAACAGGUUUAUGCUUCAUAAAGAAAGUUCAAUUUUAGCUGUUGCAUUUGACGACCAUACAAUUCAAGUGAUUGAUCUCGACACAAGAAAAUGCAUUCGUAAAUUGCCUGACCAUAAAACUCCUAUAACAGACAUGACAAUUAGUUAUGAUGCUCGUUGGUUAAUUGUUUCAACUGAAGAUUGCUCUAUUCGUGUUUGGGAUAUUUCAUUGAUUAAGUUAAUUGAUUGGUUUCUUAUGCCUUCUCCUUGUAAAAGUUUAACAAUGUCGCCAACUGGUGAUUAUCUAGCGAUUGCGCUGGAAAAUGAUUUAGGAAUAUUUUUGUACUUUAAUUUAUCGUUGUAUCUUCCGGUCUCUCUCAAACCAAUCUCGGACUCUCAUAUACCUCGUUUGAACAAAUUGCCGAGUGUCCGUAAAGAGGAACCAGAAGGAAAAGAAGAUGAUGAUAAAGAUCAAGAUGAAGCUGAUGAAGUCGUCAAUGUUGAAGAGAACGAAACUGUCGAUAUUGAUAUGUUAGAUUUGGACUAUAAAUCUCCAGAGCAAAUAUCUAGUAAUUUAAUAACAUUGUCAUCAUUGCCAACUUCAAGAUGGAAAAAUCUUCUUAAUUUAGAUUUAAUCAAGCAACGAAACAAACCAGUCGAGCCAGUAGAGAAGCCAAAAUCAGCGCCAUUCUUCCUUCCAACAAUUGAUGGUCUUGAACCUGAUUUUGAUUUAACCCAAACUGAAACCGACGAUCAAGAUAAGAAAGAAAAAUCUAAGGUUCUUAAUAAUCUUCUAGGAGUAUCACCUUUUGGGAAACUGCUGUUAAAUUGCGCUCAAAGAAAUAAUUUCUCGCCUGUUAUCAAACAGCUUAAAGAAAUGAGUCCAAAUACAAUUGAUUCAGAGAUUCGAGCUCUUGAUGCCAUGACCCUCAAAGAUGAGGAUAUCGAGUCUGAUGAUCACACUUUACUUGCUUCCUUUUUAAUGGCAAUGGAAAGUGCUUUAGAGACUCGAAAAGAUUAUGAAUUAAUUCAAUCACUUUUAGGGCUAUUUCUUAAAAUAUACUCUCCAAUUAUUCUCAAAGACCAUAAUCUUGUGAAACAAUGCGAAAACCUUUGUGAGCUGGUGAAAAAAUUACCAAAUAGCUUACAAGAUCAAUUCAAUGAAUCGCUAUUUAUUAUCAAUUUCAUUCGAGGAACUGUAUAGGACUAAUUAACUUUUCAAUAAAGUAUCAAUUUACAUCACAA